CACCCAAAUAUGCACACGCAUAGCAUGCCCGGAGAGUCAGAAAGUGUGAGUCGGAGACCGGACUCGGACACCGGACUCGAAACCAGUCAGGCAAGAUACUUCUACCUCAACAUCUGCGUUUUGAUGCAGCCCGGUGGCGAGAAAGAGGGGGAAGCAUGAACUGUUGGAAUAUUUCUCGCGACUUAAAACCCGACACCCGUUCUUCUUUUCUCCCUCCUUCACCAAACAUCUUUCUCAUCCAUUCUCCCCAUCAUCAACACCCAGCAAAAGCUUGUCCCUAUCAUCAACACCCAGCAAAAACUUUUAAAGCCAAACCCAUCAUGUCGUCCAUUCGGGCCACUUCCCCCGGGUAUGACGCCCCGUUCGACCGACAACCUGAGCCUCGCGGUCCGUUCCUUGAGACGCACUACCCCCAUUACGAAGACUGGAACAAGCACCUUGCCGAUGAUCUCAAAAUCAAGAAUAGUAACAAUGAGUGGAAACACUCAUUUCAAAAGAUGACUUACUCUCUUCGCUCCUGGUUUCCCUAUUUUUCCUCCAAAGAAGCACUUCAACAGCCACCUCCUCAACCGCCCGUCAAGCUCAGGCCGCCCCCAGAAGCGAAACGGAAGUUCAAAUCCGUUCUCAUUUCUCACCACUUCCGUGCCGAGAUAACCCGGUAUCUUGCCGAGUCCAUCCACAAUUGGGAGACUGUUAACCCGACGGAAUGGUACAUGGAGCUUCGCCAUUUCUUCAUCGAUCUUCCCACGCAGCUCAGGGAGCUGGAGGAGCAUUUGACUGGAACCUCCUCCAUGUCCUCCAUCAACGACAACGAAGAAAACCAGGCCGACACCCGCGCUCUGGCUAACUGGACCUCCUACCAACUACCCCCCGGCUUUGCCGGCCCUACUUCCGUCUCCGUCUACCCACACCGCCGCUAUCCCAACCUCCGCCACAGCCGGCGGAUCGUCUUCUCGCAACGUCUAAACAUCAAAGACAACCACAACAGCGGGUGGCUGGCAGGCCGCUGGCUCGUAGUGGCCUACCUCUUUGCUGCGACCCCGGAAGCAGUCCAGGAUCUGGACGUGAAGAGUAUACUACUGUCUUCCUGCACCCCUGGCCGUGGUAACAUAAACACCAUGUCGUCUCUCAACGCUUACAAUGCCGUCAAUCCUCCAUUGUCCAUUUCGUCCGGCAGUCCAGAGUGGUGGUUGCUACCGACGAGAGAUAUCUUCUUCCAGCUUCAGCGUCGUUACGAUCUGAUGACCAUGGCCGAGGCGAAUACUACGGAUGAGAUGCUCGCCACAGCCUUCAUCUCCCACUACCCCGAUGUCUAUCACAAGCCAUUUGCCUACGGCUAUGAUUACGAUUCCUCCGAUGCCGACUACAAACGCCGGCUGCGUGACAUGGAAGGGCGGCUGCGUGACAUGGAAGGGCGGCUCCGUGACAUGGAGCGGCCGCGACCUCUCCCAUUUGUACGCGCGCGACAUGGACAUGGCCAUGGAGUCGGCGGAGGUAUCCUUCCGGAACUCAACGACCGUUGUCAGUGGAUUGAUCGGAUGUGGCCGGUUUUGAUGACGGGUCAGGACAUAAAGAAGCAGACUGAGGGCGUGAAGACGGCUGGUACACCAUGUGGAGAUACAUAUGGUGCUUCGAGUACUACCUCCAGCAUCUCUAGCAUCUGCAGGACCCCCAGUACAUCCAGUGCCUCUUCUCAAGAUGGUUAUAGUACCACCACCUUCGACGACGAUGACGAAGGGACAUGAAGUGAUACCACCACCUCCGACGACGAUGACAAAGGGAGUGAGUCCUUCCUCUUCAGUAUGCUUAUUGGCUUUAUCGGUGUCGCCAUUGUAUGGAGCGAAAUCUGUCCUAAGAACUAGCUCUUCUCCUACCUACGCUUCACAAUGCCUUUGCAAAAGCUGAAAGACGUAUUUCAACAAGCACAUCCAGAUUCAUAGGUACCUACCUAGACA